AUGCCACAGGAUUUUUCACAGUUUAAUUUGGAUCCGAGGAUCCAGCGUGCCAUUCAAAAAUGUGGCUUCACUGAGCCUACGCAAGUACAAAAAACGGGAAUUCCUUUGGCCUUAGAUGGAAAAGAUUUAGUUGUUCAAGCCAAAACCGGUUCUGGUAAGACUGCUGCAUAUUUAAUCCCACUUUUAGAACUUUUAUUAAAACAGAAGCAAUUGGAUGAAAAGGAUCGUGGAAUUUUUACUUUGAUUCUCGUUCCUACAAGAGAACUAGCUCAACAGGUGUUCAAGGUUUUGGAAAAGCUGACACUAUAUUGUGGUAAACACAUAAAAUUUGUGAAUAUAGCUACAAAUGCCGCAGACUUGGUACAGCGUCCUUUGCUCCUUGAUUUCCCCGAUAUCGUAAUAUCAACUCCAAGCCGUUCUGUAGUUCAUUUUUCCUCGGGGGCUCUUUCACUUGACAAGAUCAAGUUUCUUGUUAUCGAUGAGGCUGAUUUGAUUCUCUCUUUUGGAUAUCAAGACGAUAUGUCUAGUUUAAGCAAAGCACUCCCACGAGGAGUGCAGACGUUGUUAAUGUCUGCCACCCUUACUGAAAGCAUUGCUUCGUUACGGCAAUUAGUUUGUCGUGAUCCAGUAGUUUUACGUCUUGAAGAUAAAGAAGCAGAUGGACAGCUAACACAAUAUGCUGUAAAAACUUCCGAACAAGAUAAAUUUUUGCUUGCGUAUAUUUUACUGAAAUUAAGGCUCAUAAAAGGAAAAAUAUUAAUUUUCGUAAACGAAAUUAAUCGUUGUUAUCGCCUAAAGCUUUACCUUGAGCAAUUCGGUAUGAAAAGUUUGGUUUUAAAUUCUGAAUUGCCCGUCAAUUCUAGAAUGAAUAUCGUUGAUCAGUUCAAUAAGGGCCUUUACCAAAUUAUAAUUGCAACGGAUGAAAGUGACAAAGUAGCAGAAUUGGACGAAGAUAAUGAAGACCGACAGGAAGCUACUAACGAAGCCAAUGAGGAGGCGGAUUCAAAGAUGGAGGAAGAUUCAAAGGAUAGCCAAGAUUCUGGUGAAACCGCUAGAAAGACAAAGUCAAAGCAAAAGAAAGCUAUCAAAAAGGACCGUGAGUAUGGCGUUGUUCGCGGCUUGGACUUCGAAAAUGUCUCUUGUGUUCUCAAUUUUGACAUGCCAACAACCGCCAAAGCUUACAUUCACCGCGUAGGAAGAACUGCAAGAGCUGGAAAACCAGGAACAGCCAUGUCUUUUUUUAUACCUAAAUCGGAUGUUGGAAAGCAUAAGCCUACAACUCUGGCUACUUGCAAGAAAGAUGAAUCCGUCUUAAGACGAUUGAGUAAAAAGGGCAUUGAGCCUAAACCUUAUGUUUUUGAUAAAAAACAGACCGAUGCGUUUCGAUACCGUAUGGAGGAUGCUCUUCGAUCAGUUACUUCCGUGGCUGUGCAAACUGCCCGUGCUGCUGAAUUGCGCCAGGAAAUGCUAGCUUCUGAAAAGCUAAAGUCGUACUUUGCAGAAAAUCCUGACGAGCUAUUGACUUUGACGCAUGAUACGGCAGCUAGCGUUCGAUUAGCACGCACACAAAGACAUCUACGACACGUCCCAGAAUAUCUUUUGCCAAAGGGACUUCAGGCUGUAAAUAAAGAUGUUGGAUUCGUCCCAUUCAAAAAGCAGAAUAACCGUAGGACUGCCAAGAAGAAGAAAAACACAAAGCACCGCCAUGAUCCUCUGCGCUCAAUGAGAAGGAGUAAGUAG